AUGUAUGCUCGACCAAAGCUUUCUUUAAGCAUCUCUGCGGCACAGAAUGCCUCUCGCUCGUCAUUCCCUCUCAAGUCUCCCGGUGCUGUUCCCCGAACUCCAAUCUCCCCGGCGAGUCCAGGUGCAAAGCGCUUUUCGACGCUACAGGUGCCGUCCUUUGGGUACAGCAACUCGUGCACCUCCAAAAGCAUCCUCAAGAAGCAUUCCGCAUCAAGUGCUUCCACCAAUUCCGAGAAACGGAUUCAAUUCAAGGGCACCCCAACUGUUCACUGUGUGACGCCAAUUGAGAAUCCGGAGGAGUAUUAUGGCACCUACACCAAACUGUCGCGCGAGGAGCGACGCUGGAUUCUUCGACGAUAUCACAUAUUGCAUUCCGGCGAAGCGCGGGACGAUGACACGUCGGUCUCGAUUGUCGAAAAGGAAGGCGGCUAUGCGACACUUCACUUCCUUGAUAAAGUAACGUGCGACUCCACGGCAUACAAAGGCAUCCAUCCGGUCGUCGCCCUCGAGUCGCAUCAAGAAAACCUUGCGAAUCUCGUCAACAAGGCCCUCACGAAAUUACCGCCCGCUACCUCACCCGAUACUCCCAGUCAUAAGCUAGUCACGUUGUCGAAUGGCGAUGGAUCCCGACGCAAACCGGACAUCGUGUGCGCCACGCGGGGCCCAGGAAUGAGGUCCAACCUUUUCGUCGGAUUAGAUACGGGGAAGGCACUUUCCGUGGCAUGGCAGGUUCCAUUCAUCGGGGUGCACCACAUGCAGGCUCAUCUGUUGACUCCACGCCUUCAACACUAUCUGGAACAAAAUCUAGCGAACAACCCGGAGAACGCCACCACCCAUCGCGAUGAAACGCCCCGCCAACAACUGGGGGAGGUCCAGCCCGCGUUCCCGUUCAUGUCAAUCCUGGCCUCAGGCGGCCACACGAUGCUGGUGAAGUCGACGUCGAUCACCAACCACGAAGUCCUCGCCUCGACGGCGGACGUCGCCGCCGGGGACGCGCUCGACAAAGCCGCACGGCUCAUCCUCCCAGACUCCCUGAUCGCAACUUCUAAGAGCACCAUGUACGCAAAACUGCUGGACCAGUUUGCGUUUCCCAACGGCCGCGCCGACUACGUCAACUAUCGCGCCCCGGCCUCUCGCGGCGAGGAGGUCCAGAAACCUCCGCCCAACGAAUGGGGCUGGGCGCUGACGACCCCCUUCGCCAAGACGCGGGACCUGCAGUUCAGCUUCUCUUCUAUCGAAACGGCCGUCGGCCGGAUCGUCGCGCGUAAGGAACAGGCCGGCGGCGCGGGUUGGGCGGACGGUGAGCGCGUGGCCCUGGCGCGCGAGGCCAUGCGCACCAGCUUCGAGCAUAUCGCGUCGCGCUUGAUCAUCGCGCUCGAGGACAAACCCGACGAGAAGCCCAUCCGGUCUCUGGUUAUCAGCGGCGGUGUCGCGGCGAAUCAGUUUUUGAAGACCGUGCUCCGCGCGUUUCUCGAUGUGCGUGGCUUUGGACACAUGGAGAUUUAUGCACCGCCGCCGUACCUGUGCACGGAUAAUGCCGCUAUGAUUGCGUGGGCUGGCAUGGAGAUGUAUGAGGCUGGAUGGCGUACGGAUCUCUCUGCUCGUGCCCUCAGGAAGUGGUCUCUUGCUGAUGAUUCUGAGGCGGUGGAUGGCGGCUUCUGGGGUCCUGGCGGGUGGGUUCGAGAUGAUUGA